CCAUUCUGGAAACUGCCGGGCGCUGUCUCCGUAGCGUAGCCGCUGGCUGUGAAGCGCGGGGCGGGGGCGGAGACUGCGUGGCGCAGGCGCGGUGCUGGGCUUCUCCUGGGUCCCCAGACAGCUGGAGGAGAUAAACAGAGGAGGAGGGAGGGGAGUGCGUGUGUGAGAGCGCGCGAGGGAGUGUGAGUGUGUGUGUGAGCGCGGGUGUGAGGUGGUGCGCAGGGGCGGGAGGAGGCGCUGUCCGGCCCCGGCCAGGCGCCGGGCGGGGAGCAUGGGAAGGGGCUAGAGCAGCCCGGGUUCCCCAGCCCCCUCCCCGGGAUCCGCGCCCCCCCUCCGGGGAGAGGGGCCGGGCCCCCCGGACGGACAUGGGCUCCUGAAGUUGCGCCGCCACCGGUCCUAGGAAGAGGCCUGACAGGUAAUUAAAUGUGUGUCUUGUGGACCUGGGCUUGGCUGGAAUGCUCAAGGGUCCUGAAGAUCCUUCUAUAGCGUCCUUCUGUUGAACCCAUUAAGAGAAGAUGGCAAAAGUCAACAUAACUAGAGACCUCAUCCGUAGGCAGAUAAAGGAGCGGGGUGCCCUGAGUUUUGAGCGGCGCUACCAUGUCACUGAUCCCUUUAUCAGACGGCUGGGCCUGGAAGCAGAGCUGCAGGGUCACUCAGGAUGUGUCAACUGUCUGGAAUGGAAUGAGAAAGGAGACUUGCUGGCCUCUGGUUCUGAUGACCAGCACACAAUUGUGUGGGACCCGCUGCACCAUAAGAAGCUGCUUUCCAUGCACACAGGACACACUGCAAAUAUCUUUUCUGUCAAGCAGUUCCUGCCUCAUGCUGGGGACCGCAUCUUGAUCACAGGGGCAGCUGACUCCAAGGUGCAUGUCCACGACCUGACCGUGAAGGAGACGAUCCACAUGUUUGGAGACCACACAAACCGGGUGAAACGCAUCGCCACGGCACCCAUGUGGCCCAACACGUUCUGGAGCGCUGCUGAGGACGGGCUUAUCCGCCAGUAUGACCUUCGGGAGAACAGCAAACACUCGGAGGUGCUGAUCGACCUGACAGAGUACUGUGGCCAGCUGGUGGAGGCCAAGUGCCUCACCGUCAACCCCCAGGACAACAACUGCCUGGCCGUGGGGGCCAGCGGUCCCUUUGUGAGGCUCUACGACAUUCGCAUGAUCCACAACCACAGAAAAAGCAUGAAGCAGAGCCCUUCAGCAGGCGUGCACACCUUCUGUGACCGACAGAAGCCCCUCCCGGACGGCGCGGCCCAGUAUUACGUAGCAGGUCACCUGCCAGUGAAGCUGCCUGACUACAACAACCGUCUGAGAGUGCUGGUUGCCACCUAUGUCACCUUCAGCCCCAAUGGCACAGAGCUGCUGGUCAACAUGGGGGGAGAGCAGGUCUAUUUGUUUGACCUGACUUACAAGCAGCGGCCGUACACCUUCCUGUUGCCUAGAAAAUGCCACUCCUCAGGGGAAGUUCAGAAUGGCAAGAUGUCCACCAACGGUGUGUCCAAUGGCGUCUCCAAUGGCCUGCAUCUUCACAGCAAUGGCUUCCGGCUGCCAGAGACUAGGGGGCAUGUCAGCCCCCAGGUAGAGCUGCCCCCAUACCUGGAGCGGGUGAAACAGCAAGCCAAUGAAGCUUUUGCCUGCCAGCAGUGGACCCAGGCCAUUCAGCUUUACAGCAAGGCCGUGCAGAGGGCCCCUCACAACGCCAUGCUCUACGGGAACCGAGCUGCUGCCUACAUGAAGCGCAAGUGGGAUGGUGACCACUACGACGCCCUGAGGGACUGCCUCAAGGCCAUCUCCCUAAAUCCAUGCCACCUGAAGGCGCACUUCCGCCUGGCCCGAUGCCUCUUUGAGCUCAAGUACGUGGCUGAGGCCCUAGAGUGCCUGGAUGAUUUCAAAGGGAAGUUCCCGGAGCAGGCCCAUAGCAGCGCCUGUGAUGCAUUGGGACGUGACAUCACGGCCGCCCUCUUCUCCAAAAAUGACGGUGAGGAGAAGAAGGGAGCAGGUGGUGGUGGCGGCCCCGUCCGCCUCCGCAGCAUGAGCCGCAAGGACUCCAUCUCCGAGGAUGAGAUGGUGCUGCGGGAGCGAAGCUACGACUACCAGUUCCGCUACUGUGGCCACUGCAACACCACCACGGAUAUCAAGGAGGCCAAUUUCUUUGGCAGCAACGCUCAGUAUAUCGUCAGUGGCUCUGACGAUGGCUCCUUCUUCGUCUGGGAAAAGGAGACCACCAACCUGGUCCGCGUGCUGCAAGGCGACGAAUCCAUCGUCAACUGCCUGCAGCCACACCCCAGCUAUUGCUUCCUGGCCACCAGCGGUAUUGACCCUGUAGUGCGGCUCUGGAACCCCCGACCGGAGAGUGAAGACCUCACAGGCCGAGUUGUGGAGGACAUGGAGGGCGCCUCCCAGGCCAACCAGCGGCGCAUGAACGCAGACCCACUGGAGGUGAUGCUGCUCAACAUGGGCUACCGGAUCACAGGCCUGAGCAGUGGGGGUGCCGGGGCCUCUGAUGACGAGGACAGCUCCGAGGGCCAGGUGCAGUGCCGGCCCAGCUAGACCCUCCUAGCCCCGGUCCCAGCCCCCGCUAUCGGCUGGAUCCUCUGCCCGGGCAGGAGGUCAGGGGGUUCUGUUUUGGUUUGUCUUCCCUGUCCCCCCAUUUUUUUUUUUUUUUCAUUUUUCCCCAUUACGUUUCUUAGUUUGGCAUUGCGGGUGGGAAUUGCUACAACUUGCUGGCUUUUGGACUUUUGGGCAGUUGCCCCUUGACUGGCCCCAGCCCUGAGCAGACGAGCAGGAGGGGAAGCCCCUCCAUCUCCCCCAACCCCCCUCCCCCCUCCCCCCUCCACGUCCCUGAGGGCUCUGGCCUGCCUCAGGUGGGGAGGCCAGGGCUGCUGCUGUCUCCGGGGACUGCCCCACCCUUGGGCUGGCAGCAGGAGUGGGGUGGAAUUGGACAGGCUGGCCUUGGCCUGUUAGCAUUCUUGCUCUUGACGGGCGAGGCUGGCUCCCUCCUGGUCUUCAGGGAAUGUUCUAGAAAAGGACAGGGUGCCCCCCAUCCCUGCAGAGCCGCUGUGUCAGGGUGGAAACAGAAGUGAGGAGGGAGACCUGGAGAGGGCACGGUCAGGCCACUGCCUCCUCGCAGCCCGGAGUCCUUUCCCUCUCCACCCCCCCCACCGCCCUGCUAGACCCCCCAAGCAUGGGUGCUGGGUCCUUACUGCGCCGCCCGCCCUCACCGGCCCUCUGGGGGCUCAGCCUCUCCCAUGGGCCCUGGCAGUGGGCGGGGGCACCACACCAUUCCCCGCCCACCCGCGCCAGCCCUUCUGCACUCUGGGGGGCCCCACUCCUCCCUUGGGCGCUCUCCGGCCUCACUGUGACCUUUCUGCCAGAGCUCCCAGCCAGGCCUCCUCUUGCUGAGAUGGCACUCCCUCCCCCCCCCCCCCCCCCCACACGCUGAGCCGCCACAAAGACCAAAGAAGUGAUGGCUUUUCUCUGCCCCCUGCUGCUCUGGGGGGAGGGGUGGGUCUCCUGAGCCCUGGGAUGGAAAGUCCCUAACUCGGCCCCCUCCUCAGCAGCCCAGAGCUCUACACUGGAUGCAGCGGGCACCCCAGCACCCCAGCAUCCCCCCCCCCAGGCCUCCCUCUUGGCCCCCUUGGCUCUCAGCUCAGGAGCUCUCCCAGUCGUUGGUUCCCCACCUCCCCAUUCCCCUCGGCACUCCCCGGCUCCAGCCUCCAGCUGCAGCCUCCCUCCGCCCCGCAGCCUCCCUCCGCCCCGCUCCCUCCCUCCGCCCUGUCUCUGCCAGGUGCCUCCUCUCAGUCAGGCUUCAGAGAAGCCCUGGAGACAGCAGGGCCAUGUUAAAAGCUUUUUCACAGUUUUAAGAAGAUGGGGGUGGGGGUGGGCUGGUGAGGAUAGUGGUGGGGGGUCUGGCACCAUCUCGUCAUUGCUUUAAUCCCAGCGACACAGGUGGCAGCCUCUCCCCCUUCCUCUCCCCCCCAUCACCCCCCACCCCUCUCUCCUAGCUUGGUAAUGAAGUGUAUUUAUUGGUGAAGGAAACAGCUGCUGCUGCUUCUCCUGCUGCUGGGACUCGCUCCCCUGUCUCUUCUCCACGACCUUUCUCCAGCCGGGAGGGGAGAGCCGGAGCGCUGAGGCUGGGCCUGGGGCCCAAGGACUAGCAGGGGCCCCUUUGCUUUCCUGUGUUCCAGCCACCCGCCAUUUCCUCCCUCCCUGCCUCCUGCCUGCCCAGCCUGGGCCCUGCGUGUGGAGAGACACAGAAGCCUUACUGUCCUCUGGGGGCAGGAGCCGAGCCUUUUUGUUGCUCCGCUCCCAGGAGAGUGAGGGUGACGCAACUGAUUAAAACCAUUUUGUUCUA